GAGUGUGUGCGCGCGCUGACGGUCCAGCAGCUCACGCUGCAGUCACCCGUCAAUGGGACACUCACGUUAAGGACUUUUGUGGCUCCUUCGCGCGAUUUGCAAACACUGUAAAGUUCUGUUUUUUCGGAACCAAAACACUUUUGCCUGUUCAUUGUAAAAUUACACUUAUGAUUGACAAGUAUGGGAACUACGCGUGGAAUCGUUUGGGGAGACAUCGCGGUGCUCCUGCUUCUCCUCUCUGAAGGUUCACUUGGACUGUAUUUUCCUCAAAGGGUGUACACAGAAACCAUCUACGUGGGUCAGCUACAGGGAUCACCGGUCCUUCAGGUCCAUUCAAUGCGGGAGAGCCCUACAGAGAGGCCCUAUUUCACUCUGUGCUCCCAUAGAGACAUUUAUGCAUCAUGGUUUCACAUGGAUGAGACAACUGGGGUCCUUUCAAUGAACAAAACCCUGGAGUGGAGCGACUUCAGUAGUAUACGCAGCAGCUCGGUCAGGCCUGCGAAGGAUCUCAACCUGAAGGUCGGAGUCUCUUCAGUGCCCGUGCAGAAACGGAUGUGCGAGUUCCUUCCCAAAGCGGAGGUCAAACUGAUGUUCAUUAAUGACACAGCGCCCUCCUGUGGUCAGGUCGAGCUGAAAACAUUGUGUUUCCCUGACAAGAUUUCAAAACCCCACAUCACAGAGAACCGUAUGCAUGGGGCCCUGCGGCAGCUCCGGCGCUUUACACUCAUGAACAUUUGCCCCAACUACACCAUCAGUUAUGGAGUGGAAGCAGUCUCUCCAGCUCCAUUUGCUGUUGAUGGCUCCACUUCAGAACUGGUGGUCACGGCACCCGUGGACCGUGAGGAGAGUGAAGCGUACCAUUUGGAUUUAGUGUGUAUGAUACGGACAGAAGAUAAGCUGGAGAAGUUCUUCAGUUCUCUGCAUGUGAACAUCUAUGAUGAGGAUGAUAAUCCUCCUUACGUGAAUGGGACUGACACUGAGGACAUUAAAAUAGAGUUUAACCGCAGUGAGGGUACCGUCUAUGGAACUCUGCUUGUAUAUGACAGGGACACGACGCCCGUUUAUCCCACAGACCAAAUUCAAAAUAAAUUAGUGGGCACCCUAAUGACGAAUGACUCCUGGAUCAAAAAUACUUUUACUAUUGAACACAAAUUUAGGGAAGAAACAGCCAUCUUUGGAAAUGUCCGCGGGACAGUUCAUGAAUACAAGUUGAAACUCAGUCAGAAUCUGUCUGUGACAGAGCAGCGCUCAUUUCAGUUGGACUACCUGGUCAAUGACACCACUUUCCCCGGCCCAGAGGGAACAGUGCUCUUACAUUUCAAUGUCACUAUCCUGCCAGUUUCUAUUCACUUCUCCAAUAUCACCUACUUUUUCACUGUGUCACUGAAAGCAACAACAUACUCCCAGAUUGGAAGUGUCUGUGUGGACAACUGUCUGAAGUUUAAAGGCAUUGAUGUCACGUAUCAAUUAGAGAUUGCAGACAGGAACAUCUCUGCCGAUGUUCAGUCAUGUUAUAGGGCAGUUGGCCUUGCACAGAACCCGAAUGAGAAGACCGGUGUGCUCUAUGUGAACGACACUGAGGUGUUACGCAGACCGCAGUGCCAAGAGCUGCAGUAUGUAGUUAUUGCCGAGGAGCAGCAGAGCAAGUUUCAGGCCAAGACACAGCUUGUCGUUAUUUUUGAGGGUGAAGGAGAUCCCACGAAGCUGGGUGAGCAGCGGGUUUUGGCUUGUGCAGAAAAGAGACAGCGAGGGGAGUGUGAGGCGUCUCGAGGCCUGGGAGCCCCAACAGGCAGAUGCCAGUGGAGACAAAGCAGAGAUAAAGGAAUAUCUCCAAAUUACUCCACCUGUUCCCCUGACCUCCGCACGUGUCCAGAUGGUUUCUGUGAUGCCAUUGAGAGCAAAAACAUAUCCAUAUGUCCUCAGGAUUGCUCCAGUCAGCCCAUAAUCGGGGGUUACGAGAGGGACCUUUAUGGAAUCAAAGCUGGACACGGGACCUGCUACUGUUUUCCAGAAAAGUGCUUCUGUGAAAAGGAUGAAUUAGAAGAGGCUAUUUGUGAUGACAUGUGCAAGACCGUCAUUGCAACUGGUGUCCUCCUCUCCUUCAUUGUCUCCAUUGUCCUGUCCUCGUACUUUAUCCACCGUUAUCACAAGAGCACACCUAAGCCUCCCAUUGCCUCAGCUGAAAUGACUUUCCGCCGACCAGCCCAAUCCUACCCAAUCAGUUACUCAGCCAACAACGUUCGUCGAGCUUCUCUAGAUUCCAUGGAGAAUCAGGUGGCCAUCGAAACCUUCAAAAUACCCGAAGAUCCAAAGUGGGAGUUCCCACGAAAGAACCUAGUGCUGGGUAAGACUCUCGGAGAGGGAGAGUUUGGGAAGGUUGUGAAGGCCACAGCUUUCCGGCUUAAAGGAAAAGCUGGAUACACUACAGUUGCUGUAAAGAUGUUGAAAGAAAAUGCAUCUCACAGUGAGCUUCGAGACCUCCUGUCAGAGUUCACAUUGCUCAAGCAGGUUAAUCACCCUCAUGUCAUAAAAAUGUAUGGAGCUUGCAGCCAGGAUGGUCCAUUAUACUUAAUCGUUGAAUACGCCAAGUACGGCUCACUGCGGAACUUCCUGAGGGAGAGCCGGAAAGUUGGACCCAGCUACAUGGGCAAUGAUGCCAACCGCAACUCCAGCUACUUGGAAAACCCAGAUGAGAGAGCUUUGACCAUGGGCGACCUCAUCUCCUUCGCAUGGCAGAUCUCCAGAGGAAUGCAAUACCUGGCUGAAAUGAAGCUUGUUCACAGAGACCUGGCUGCUAGAAAUGUGUUGGUGGCAGAAGGAAGGAAGAUGAAAAUAUCCGACUUUGGUUUAUCUCGAGAUGUUUAUGAGGAAGAUUCAUAUGUGAAGAGAAGCAAGGGUCGUAUUCCUGUUAAAUGGAUGGCUAUAGAGUCUUUGUUCGAUCACAUCUACACCACACAAAGUGAUGUCUGGUCUUUUGGUGUCCUCUUAUGGGAGAUUGUAACUCUGGGUGGAAACCCCUACCCAGGCAUUGCUCCAGAAAGGCUUUUCAACCUUCUGAAGACGGGCUACAGGAUGGAGAAACCAGAGAACUGCACGGAUGAAAUGUACAAUCUGAUGCUUCGUUGUUGGAAACAAGAGCCAGAUAAGCGUCCCACUUUCUCAGACAUCAGCAAAGAACUUGAGAAGAUGAUGGUGAAAAGUCGAGACUAUCUGGAUCUCGCAGCCUCUACGCCGGCAGACGCCCUGCUGUAUGACGACUCCCUCUCUGAAGAGGACACACCCUUAGUGGACUGUAGUAACGCCCCUCUCCCUCGAACCCUCCCCUCCACUUGGAUUGAAAACAAGCUCUAUGGCAUGUCAUACCCGAACUGGCCAGAGAAGAGCCCGGUACCGCUCAACAGACUCGAUGCCACUAACCCUGUCUUUACAAGAUAUGCCAAUGAUAGUGUUUAUGCAAACUGGAUGGCUUUGCAUUCUCCCGCAAAAAUUGUGGACACGCUCGAUAGUUAAAAACGCAAACCAAAAUCAGUGGUUGGAAAAGACGUGGGGGGUGGGGAGAUGUGUAUAUUUAUAUGAUACUGUAUAUAUGUUGUUUGAUGAUAAAGUCGGUUCCCUUUUAUUUCUGCUGUUGUGUAGAAGAUGGGAGGAUGGAAACUGAUUUGAAAUUGGCUGGAAUCGCAUAAAACAUGCUUCAAGCAGCUCAUAGGUGAUUGUUACCACAAGGGCCCCGUUGGCCGCGUUGUAUCGCUGCAUGACUCUGUACAGUUUAAUGUCCAUGUUUAAGUGCCUGUGCCGCUUCUGUUAGAAAACACCAGUUAUAAAUGCAUGACCGAGACAAUCUUGGUCCCACUCCAGGAAUUAAAGGGAGCUUCUUUACCAUCACCUACUGCAGAUGUUCGCCGCAAAGAUUGGACAUGUUUAUUUGAAAGUUUGUUUCUUCUUGAUCAUGUGUCAUGAUAUGACCGAAUCAAUUACUUCAUGUUUUUUUAAAUAUUGAUAUUUUGCUCUAUGGUAAACUACGAGUUAUGAAUAUUGCCAUAACAGAGAAAUGUUUAAUUUAAAGUCACAUGGUGAUUUAAUUUUCAUUCCUUGUAAAGACAUUAUUUGUGCAACAAUAACUACAGUACAUAAAGCUGAGUGUGAUUCCUCGUUAUGUUGUCAAAACAUUACAUUUCAAUCAAUAAAACUGUUAGAAGAUC